GGCCGGGUGAAAAGAAGAUUAAGAUUGUUGGAUACGUAAUGGAGGUCUUGGGGCCGUAAAGCGUACUCGCGUUCGCCGGCUGGAGUAUAUAAAGACUGUAGGAUCCGCUUUUGGCGCGACAGAGUAGAACCCAAUGACAUCGGACUUUGGCAUGGCUAGUCACUCUAAGCCUAUCGAUGGAACCAUCGAUGGACCCUUCGACACACCCUCUCCUACUUCAGCACCAGCGACGCCGAUCGCUCAGGACAAUGAGACCGCUGGAGGUGCGAUUCGACAGCGUUCUCGUAUUUCCCAUGCCUGCGAUGCUUGUAAGGAGCGGAAGAGGAGAUGCUCCGGCGAGCGCCCCGUCUGCGUUCACUGUCGUUGUUACGGUCUCAACUGCGUCUACUCCUCACGUCGCAGGGACAAUCGCCAAGGUGAACUCGCUGUGCUGAGGGAUAAGACGGAGAUGUUGGCAGAUAUGAUGCUCCGGGCGUUGCCUGCCGUCCGUGAUCCCAUUCUUCAAGCAGCAAUGCAAAAGGUCCUCGAUGCGAACCAAACAUCGGCCGCUCAGACAACGUCCAUCCCGGAGGAAGAGCUCGGUGGUGAUUCGCCUCGCGAAGAUCCGGAUCUUGACCAUACGGAGGAAGAGUUACUCUUCGACUUGAACACCAUCCGGAUUUCGCAGCCUGAGGGUUACUUGGGUCCGUCACACCCUACUGCGAUCUUGAGACCGUUAGUAAACGAAGUUGCGCCGCACUAUAAGCACACGGUUGGUUAUGUGCUUGGCUUUGGUACGGAUGAUCUCAAGGAUGCUGAGUGGUCGGAUCAGAGUGUUAAUCCACUGGAACUUCCGUCGAGAGAAGAAGCGGAUAAUCUCAUUACAGUGUAUUUCUCUCACCUUCACUGUCUUUACCCCAUCCUCUGGCGUCCUCGAUUUCUGUACGAGUACAUGAGCUUUUGGAGCAAUGACAGACGUGUCACUUUCUCCGAUAACAACAAUUGGCUUUCAAUCCUCAACAUGGUCUUCUCCAUCGGGUCGCUUUACAGCAUAGCUGUAUCCGACAACCCAGAUCAGAACAAGCCGUUAAUCUACUUCAAGCGUGCACAAUCAUUCUCGAUGAACAUGUUUGCGGUUGGAAAUCUCGAGACGGUUCAGUGUUAUCUGCUCAUGGCCUGGUUCUUGAAUGCUAUGGGUAUGAACAACAAGGCAUAUACUAUCUUAGGAACAGUGAUUCGGAUGGCUGAAGCGAUUGGACUUCAUGUCAAGUCAUCUCGUUCUGGGAUUGAUCCUGUUUUAUUGGAAACACGCAGGCGCGUCUGGCAUUGCAUACUUGUCUUCGAGCGAACGCUCGAACUUAUGCUCGGACGACCUAUUAGCAGUCCUAGCCAUUUCUUCAAUUCGGAACUUCCGGUGGAGGUAGAUGAAGAAUGGUUCGAAGGUUCACAAGCCCUUCGUGGUGCAGGACAGCCGAGAUUUAAACCUUCCCGUGUUGGAUACCUCGUUGAAGCUUACAAACUGUCGAGGAUCACGGAGGAGGUCAUGGACAAGCUUUACUCCGCUGUCGCGUUAACCGUUCCGUGGAGCUUGUAUGAGAUCUCGGUCGCCGACUUAGGGAACCAGAUCGUGAGUUGGAAAAGCUUGCUUCCCUUUCAUCUUCGCUUUGAUGAUCAAUAUCGUACGGGUGAUCCUGAUGGGAUUUUCCUCCGUCAAAGGAACGCAUUGGCACUUCGCUACCACAACGUACGCAUGUUGAUCUUCAGGCGGUCUAUCAACAGAGCUUUACGCCGCGGAAAAGAUGCCCAAGGCCAGCACGAUUACGUUCGUACACGUCCGAAGCUGGACAUGACUGACUUCGCCUUUCGCGAGUGUGUCAAUGAAGCAAUGCAUGUUGGUCUCAUGUUCCAUGACGCGCAUGUGAAAACAAAGCAGAUGUUUUUGGAGCACGCAUGGUGGGAAGCGCGUUCCACGAUAAUCACUGCCGCUUCAAUUCUUGCCCUGGUUUGCAGAGCAGGCACACAAGGCAUCGUUAAUCUUGACGGAGAUGCUAUCACGAAAGACAAGAUUCGAGAGAGUCUGGAAUAUCUCAAGGACGCUGUUGAAGCAUUGAGUCUCGACUCCCUCACGUGUGCAGAGAGGACGAAGGAGAUCGUCCUAUGUCUCAUCAGGUUGGCCGAUGGAGAUACGAAUGCUCUAUUUGACUCCAAUGAGGUCUUAAUGUAUACUCCGAGCGACACAGAAAACUCAAGAGCCGAGACCGAAUCGUGGUCCAGAGCGACUCAUGAGGUCUCACAGUCACCCGACUUCGACUUGUUCAAAGUACGUGCAGGCAUAGAUUACGGUGUGGGCAUAAGCAUGCAGAAAUCGGCUACGAACCAAGGACAAAUGCCCAGUGCGGGAGAUUACAGGUGGGUCAAUCAAGAAGUAGGGCUUCAGCAAGGGUCAUCUGAGGAAGGCGUGUCACUAAGGACAACCAUGUCGGCCAUGGAAGAUCAAAGACAAGUGUGGGCCCCGCCCUCUGCCUUCACAGUCGACGUUUUUGGGCUACCCAUGCUAUACGACAAUCCAGUGUGGACGGUUCAUCAGCAAUACCGGAGUCAGAAGGAAGGGCCAAGCGGCGGACCACAGGGUCAAGACGCAGACUGUUGAUGACAGGGG